ACUGGAUGGAUUACGUAGUCUCUCUAACUGUAUUAUAGGAGGGGGGUAGGAGUGGUCUAAAGUGACAUACAGAGAGCCUGUGCAGACCCGGCUUAAAAUUAUCUCUGCAGCUGAGGAGCAUUUUAAACCUGCAUUUAAUCAGCACCUGCUUGUCUGCCAGAAGCUCGUUCUCUUCCCUGCAACCCUCCAAGAACCGCAAACGCCCUCCAGGCGCUUUUCAAGCAAUAAACAAUGAAGAUUGAGAACAGCCUGAUUUGCCUCCCAGAGGUGCCUCCUCAUACUGGACUACAGUUCACUGUGGCUACCGAGGAAGAUUUUGAUGACAUUAUGGCCAUAAGCCAGGGUAUCUAUGGUGGUCUAGACUACCUUCCCACCCGCUAUCAGGCCUGGCUGCAGGAGACAAACCGUAUUGUCAUUCUCGCUCGCAAGCAAGGCAAAGUGAUUGCACUUGAGUCAGUAUGUGUUAUUGACAAUGGAGAAACUAUGCUGGUGGAAGGGCUCCGUGUGGCCCCUCAGGAGAGGGGCAAGGGAGUUGCUCGGGUGCUGCUCCGAUUCUGCUCUCAGCUUGUUAAAUCCAAGUAUCCUGAAGUUAAAGUGACCAGACUGACCAGAGAUGAUCAGCUGGGGCCCAAGGACUUCCAGAAGUACAGGCUCAUUACUAAACAGGGAAUCCUGCUGGUACGUUUCCGUGCUGAAGACCUAAAGUUACGCCUUGCUGAUCUUGGGCAUAAUGUAGGUAUUGAAGGAGAUGACCUGGCACCUUUCAGCAUCCCAGUGAGGUUAGAGGUUCCAGAUGUCCAACAGCUUUUUCUGAGCAAUGAGGCAAUGCAAGACUUACUACCCAAUGGCACCAUUGUGCAAGACUGGCAGCCAUUCAAGCCCAUGUCCAGCAACAUGGAGAUCCUGCUAAAGAAAGAUAUCGAUUGGAUGGUGGAUGACACAUGCUGCCCAUCUAUGGCCAGCCUGUGCACUUCCCCCUUUCAUGUACCAAUUGGUGAAGACUGGUACUACCUCAACAUUGACAUGUUUGGUAAAGAUCUGGGUUUGGCUGUGCAGCAGCUCCUAUGUCACCUAAGGCGCCACACUAGCACACUGAAGGGCCAUGUUAUGUGCCAGGUUUUCCUGGAUCCACCAUUGUGGAAGCCCAUGGUUGAUUUCUUCAGGGAGACCUUGAAAGUGGAGCUGGUGAAAGAAUACACCGAGCAGUGUGUAGUGGAAUCCGACUUGGUGUAGCAAGAGAAGGGCCAUCACCUAAAAGUUAGGCGCUUGAGACCCCCCUCACCUUACACCUGGAUACGAAACAUUAGAAACUGGAAGAGCUUUGAUAUCACUCAAAUGGUUUCCUUUCAUAAUUUGCCCCAGAACAAAACCUUUAUCCUACAUAUAUAUAAACAAAUUAAGAAUUCAAAAUGUCCUAAUAGAAAUGGCGUUAGUUAAAGUUAGUUAGUAUUAAUAAUGCCAGAUCAUUGCAAAAAAAUUGAAGCUACAAUUUGUUAAAAUAGAAUAAAUAUGCAACAAGAAAAUUUAGUAGGAUACUGACAAUAGAAUGCAGUACAGUGUAUGUGUGUGUGAAUUAACACAUGCUGAGUUGCAAAUACAACUGCACAAUCUUUAGGCACUUUAUGAAAAUCUAAAUGUAAUAUCUCACGAUAGAUAGUGAGAUGUUUGCUUUAGAGACUGUUUUGUCUGCAUGCUGUACAGUAGCUGCUAAAUUGUAACUUUUUUUAUUACUCUUACUCUUAUAAAACCCAAAAUGAAAUGUAGAAAACUUUCUGUUCUGCUUACUUAUAUUUUUAAAAUGGCAUUUACACUUGAAAAACCAAGUUAAUCUAACAUUUAAAAGAAAAACCUUUCUGCUGGCCUCCUGGCAUUUACAUGCAAAAUAUGUCAUAUGGAGAAAACAUACAUACUUUUAGAUAUUAUUAUUUUAUGCACUGAACCUUAUUUACUAGCAUUAACGUGACGUUCUAAUAUAUAAUUGACUGCUGCAAUAUGAAGUUUAUAAGUUAUAAAAUCAGAUGUAAUUCAGAUGUAGUGUCUUCAGUACUUCACUCAGAUAGAAUACCUUUUUUGUCAUUUCGGCAGGGUUAGAUUCUGUAACUAAAAACAAAUAAUGAGUUAUAGCCCUACAACACAUUUGGGUUUGAGAUAAUGGGUAUUUUUUUUAUUUAUUUAUCAUGCAGCAAAAUUGUUUAGCUAAGAAGCUAAUAAAAUUGUUUAUUUAUGUAAUUUUCAUGUAACUGCUAGAUUUUGAUUAAGACAAAAAGAAAAAGUAGCAUUUAGGUCUAAAUAUAAUCAUUACAAAUAAUACACACUGUUACUGUUAAUGGGGAUUUGUUAGCAAUCCAUUUGAGAGGAUCUCAAAAGCACUUUUUCUAAUAUAAAUAACGAGCUUCAUAUUUUUGUCCACCAAAAUGCUUGAUACUGAUCUUGAGAUGGGAAAUGAAAAGUAAAUAUUUGAUACGCACAAUUCAUUUUUGUAACCUUGUUGUUAUCUAAUAAUGAUAGCAACGGCUCAUUCCAAAAUUUAUUGAUCAAAUACUGCCACAGUGAAUUCAACCCACUUAUCAGUAAACAACUAGAAUAUUUAAUUUAUUUAGCAGAAAACAAUUAAAGUACGUCCAAAAUAUAGAACCUCGCAGCCAAUUUUAAUUUCAAAAGAAAUUUCUAUAGAAUGGAGUCAUUUUUUUGAGACACAUUUACCAGCAUUUCUCAUUUUUGAAGCCUCAGUGGGUACACACGACAUUGACAGUCACAAAAACAGGGACAGUCACACACCCAAAUACUGCUCCAUCUGUCACUGGAGGAGUUUGGAAGAAUCGACUGCUGAGUGUUUAUAAAUAGCAUGCAGUGCACCAUAGAACUAAGCCUCUUACUGGCCAUGCAAUUGAGAAGAAACAGCGAAUUGAAGAAAUCCAACAGAAGCCAAGCAAAGAAGGUUAUUGGACAGUAAAGGAAGAAGGUCUUUUGCCAUUCUCAGAAAAUUGCUCUAACUGAUCCAAAACAUCCAAACAAGUGCUAAUGGUUAACAGUCUGGACAAGCAAUUCUAUACAGUCCUCUUUGCCUUCAUCCUCUUUCUGAAAAAAUGUUACUGGGCUACAGCAUCGCAAAGAUCAACUUAAAUGACAGAGUGUUCAAUGUGAUGCUUGCUCUACCAUUUAACACUGACCUUUGUGCUGUGAUGCUUUUAGGUCAACUCGACCCGGCUUAGCAAAUUUUGAAAAUAAAUGGUUGCAAUUUGAGCAUGUGUAACCUACUGUAAUACCUUUUUCGGCCAUUAUGACAAAUAUAUUUAUGUUGACAGUGAAAGUUAUGUAAACAGUAUAAAUUUCUGUGCUUAAACCACGUGUUAAAUAUCAACCAUGAUUGGAUAAUUCUAAUGGAAAAUUACAGAAUUCACUGAAGUGAUGCUAUUCCAUGUUAAUGAAAAAAUCAUUGCAAUUCCAGCAAGUAAAGUUCCCCUGUAUUCCAUCUAAAUGUAAUGAUAAGAAAAGCAAUGACCACUACAUGUGUAACUUGUGCAAUGGUUCUAAUUUAAACCAUUUGUAGUUUUUAAUUUGGGCUUGGUCUUAAAAAUGAACAUUAAGUUUCUAUUAUGUUGCUGUACAAUGUACAAAUCAACACAAUGUUUCUUUAAGGUUAAAAGGUCAAAAAGUGCUCAAUUAUUUUUAUUGUAUAUCUUUUUUUUUUCUUAAUGCUAUUUGGGUUUUUUUAUUUUUUAAACAGUAUUCACCCAAUGAGGAAAAGAGAUUUCCUUCUUCGCCUUCACUUGGACAGCAUAAACAUAAUGUUAUGGUUAAUAUGCAUAAUAUGUUAAACAUCUUGAACACCUGGCCCAUCCUAAUCUGAUUCUUGUUUCAUAAAUGUGUCAGAGAUGUAAACUAACUCAAAGGUUUCAUAACUGCUAUGAUAAAUCAAGAGGGCCCAUCAAAAGAAAGACCUGUUCAUAAAAGCAUGUAACAGUUAAGUUAUAUAGAAACUGUCAGAUUUAGAUACUUAUUAAGCAGGUUCUCUUGAUUAAUCAUUAACAGUAUAACCACUUAUAAAGCCCUAAUCAUUAUGUAAUUAAAUGCUUGAACUGGAGUGUCAACUUGCUAAAUGUAUACAGUAUAUUGUGCAUCCAUAUCGUUUCUAGUACAUAAUUUCGUUUCUAGAUAAGAAACAAGCAUUCUUUAAAAAAAUAAUAAAAAUAAUUGUUUAAGUUUAUAUUCUAAUUAGGGCUGAAUACAAGUCCGUAUUUUGAUUUGAUAGCUUGGAGACUGUUAAGUCUUCAUUUGCUAAGGUCACAAAAUGGAAAAUAUUGUCUGCAAGAAGUAUGUUGGCCUACAAAGUUUGCUGAACCUGUGCCAUAAUGCAGGUUGUGUGCUUUAAAAGGAAAAACAGUAACAGUUUCAUUCCUAAUUUAUUGCAAAGCUGCACUUUAUGGCCAUUGGGCAAAAUUGGAAGUAUAUUGACCACAAAGCUUGUAAAACCAUACAAACUUCACAAAUACUUUCAUAUAUUUUGUAUUCAUCCUUAUGAUUUGACAUCAUGAAUACUGCAAUCCCUAUUUAAGUGUACGGUUUUUUGUUGUGCACCUAAAUUUUGACUAACUAGAACCAUAGAUCUCCAAUAAAUAGCCCAAAGGUUCCCUGGCUGAAAAGGUUUGACAUCUUUGUUUAAACAAAUUUGUAGAUUUUCUUUAUUGUUACUUUGUAUUAACUUAUGACAGACAUGAGUUAGACAUGUUAAGGUUUUUUUGGAGGUGCUGAGAAAUGUCAAAGUAAUGUGUAAGUAAAGAAACAAUUUAAAGUCUUCUCAAGUUGAGACCAUGAAGAAAAGCAUUGUUAACUAAAUGGAUCUUACGUGUGUAGUUUCCUAUUUAUGUACUUGAAUGUAUAUCAUAAGCACUAAUAAUAACAGUGUUUCGCCAGCCAAUACUUAGAUGGUUAACUGAAAUAUUUGAAUAUCUGUAUGAUUUUUGGGUGUCAUAAUAUUCUUGUUGAUAUUUUUCUUUUCCUGUUUUUUUAAAUUAUUAUUACCAACUGUCCCUAAUGUUUGAUCAAAUAAAAUUAAUAGCAUUGGGAGUAGUUAAGGAUGAUUUAUAACCAUGUUUUAUAAGUGUUAUAGGAAUUUUGCUAACUGGUACUGAAAUGACAUCUAUGAGGUGCAUAUGAAGUAAAACCAUUAUCCACAAAAUACUUAAUUUUCUUAAAACGUAAAACAAAAGACAAGUUGCAGAUUGAGGUGAAAGGUAAAACUAGGAUAAUGGAAUGAACAGAUGGAAAGGAUAUUAUGUGUCAUGUUACAAAUAGACAGUUAUAGUACAGUGAAGUCAGCAUUAGCAAGUCACUGGUAGUUAUACAAAGCAGAAUGUAUUUAUAGUCCACAUUUCCCUGUGGACAAAGAUAUCUGACAGUUGGGGACUAUGUUUGAGACAUAAUUUGUUAUUGUAACAAAUCGAGAGGUUAUCAUGUAAAGUAAUAAAUAAGACCCCAAGAGCAUAGUUUACCUGCUCUUAUGUCUAAGACAGAGUGAAACCGUAUCUACUGAGUUCUUUGUGGUAUCACCUUACUGAAAUAGAGCUUGCUCAGGGUGGAGGUGCUUUGCUUUUCACCUAAACAGUCUUGAAUGGAAAAUGUGACCAAGUUAGGUCAGAGGAGUGGUAGACACUCAGUCAUGUUAUGCUAAUGAGCUAUAUUAUCUCCUUGCCCAUAUCUUUUUUAUUUUGUAAUUCUUUUGCAAUGCCUUGGAAUGUUAUAGAUUUAUAUGUUUAGAAAAGGUAUAAUACACAGGUACUAAAUUGAAUCAGAGAAUGAAACUAGAUUAAGAAUGAGAGGUUAAAUGAAUUAUGUGAUAACACUGUACAAAUACUUACAAAAAUGAUGUCCAGUCAUUUUCCAAAAAGGGCAGUGCUUAGGCUGUUUUGUGGAUAAGAUUUUUUAUACCUGUAACAAAUACUGUCAUUAUGGAGCUCCAUAUGUUUAUUUCCCUGUAAUAUGUUUAAAUACUCUGCAGCUGUUUUUUUUUUUUUUUUAUUUUAGUGUUUUAUUGUACAACCAUACUAUGUUAUACCUUAGACCUGCAGCUGCAUAACGAAAUGCUAAACACAUACUGCCUUUUUUUUUUUUUAUUAUUAGUCUUAUAUCAUUAGAAUGCAUGCAUGUUGCAUCCAGAGCACAAGAAACUGUGUUAGUAAUACUUUCAUGUAACUUCCUGUACCAAUCAUGGUCAUUCAGUGGUCCAGCAAUUUCCUCAGGUGGUUCCUCUAAAGACAGCUUAGUGUUUUAAUUGUACUCAUCACAUCUAAGUACAUUUAUAUUAGGUGUGUGUUUCUACAACAACAUUGGAUUGUCCAAACUUGUAUGAGUUCAUACCAAAGGCUUCAGUUUAGUACUAAAGUCAAUGGUGCACCUAAGUUUAACCUGGACCCUAUAGGGUCCUUUCACUAAUCUGCUCUGUUUAAGAGCAAUUAGUAUAGAUGCCCACAUGAAGAAAUCACAUGUAAAGUAAACAUGGUUGAUGUGCCUGUUAAAGAUUUCUGUGAUGGUCUUUACCAUCAUAAUGCCAGACUUUCUUAAUAUUCUUAUUACAUAUUAGAUCCAACUAAAUGACCAUAUUCUGAAUAAAUUAAUUUGUACCUGUCCAAAUACAACCUGGUUUUGGAGGUGAAAAACACACUAACUCCUAGAGUAUAGGUAUCUCUUGUGUAACAUAGGAGUUUGUGUGUAUAUGUAAUCCAUUCCCUUGAUGAAGCAGUAACCACUUAAAAAAAAAAAAAAGAAGAAAUAAAUACAAUCUCACUACUGAUCAUUAAUAUACAUUUUAUAUUUAGUGCAUUGAUACUAUAAAAAAAAAGAUUUGAAUAAAGAAAUUAUGCAAUGGUACAGAAUUAACAUCUCCCGAAGAAAUGCCCAGUGAAAACCUAAAGCAUUAUUGUUCAUCAAGGGGGUGAACUGUUCCAAUGCCAAUGCAGUGGCAAUGUGAUCUAAUUUUUGAACAAUACUUUUCUAUAACCCAAUAAGAUUGCUUAUUUUUAAGCAGUAAUUAAAAAUGAAUGGAUCUUUUUUUUCACAUUUUGUGAGUUUUUGAUUUUGUGGGUUAUUUUGUGAUGAAACUAUUUAAAAUACAUGUUUUAAAAGAAACUCAAUCCCUGAGAAAUCAUUUGCAUGUUUUGUGUGAGUUGGGGAUGGGGGUUGGGGGUUGGCGGUUCUCUGGUACUUUCAUAAAACAUGGCUAGGUUUACACUAAGCAAAAAUAUUCUGUAUGUACUUAAAUCUUUACUUUAAUUCUUGAAAAUUUCUGAAAUAAUCAGUAAGAUAUUUUUGAGCAAAUUACUAUAGCAGCAAUUAGGAUACACUCAUACAGAUUUAUCAGCAAUAAAUGCAGACACACACACACACUCCAUGACAAAUAAUACAUUUUUAGUGUGAACCUAGCCAUACUAUAUAUUGAAAGCUGUACAGUUACACACUGAUAACUUUAGUAAAGGUAGAGAUAUUAAUGAAAUUUUUCUUUUUUCUUUCUCUGUUUAUAAGAUUCUAUUAAUAUUGUAUAGCUCUGUUCAUAUGCAUCUGAACCUCUCUUUGUGUUCAUGAUCAGUGGUUUAGGAAUGUUUGAGAUUUAUAAACAAUAUUAAUUGUAGUUAAACACAGAUAUAAGAUACUGUGGUUUAUAACCUAGUCUUGACAUGUUUGAGUAAAUGUAGUCAUCGCUGAUGUUGUGUAAGUGCAGAUCAUUUACAGGAAUACAAAUUCUAGAUUUUUAUUAAGAGACUUUGGCUUGUUUUUAGAUUAUUUUCUUUUGGUUUACUUUAUAUUUUAUUUCCUUUUUUUUGACACAUGUUUAAAACCUGUUUGUCUGUUUAAGGUGUUAAAAACAGAGAACAUCAGAAUACUGAUAUAAAAUGAUAAAAUAGGCAACUAGAUCACUUUGACAGCAUUUUUUUGCCACAUGCAUGUUGUAUAGGUUAACCAUAAUGCCCAAUGCAACCCAAUGCUUUAUGGAUAUUAGCCUUUUUUUGUGCAAAAUAGCAAAAUAUGUUUUAUGUUAUGAAUCCAAACAUAUUACAAACCUCUUGUGGUAAGGUUUUUUCUUUCAGCCAUACAUUUUAAGAACAACAAAAAAUAAUAAAAUACAAGUUAACAUGACCUGUUAACAAAACAUUUUUUUGAUGUCAGGAAGCUAUACAAUACUAUGAUCAAACUUUGAGGGCAAAAAGUGAUAUGCAAUUGCAUGUUAUUAUCAUCCAAUUAUAACAUUUCACUGUAGUAAAAUCUAACAUGCGUACUAAAAGCUAAAACACUUUUAAAGAGUAAAAUGUACAUCAUGAUUCAUAUAAAAAUAAAAGCAAAUGAUACCCUGGAGGUAUGUUUACUAUGAAAUAUUAACUAUGAAAUACAGAGGGUACAGUUUCAAAAGAAAGACCUGCAGCAUCUAGCACAGCACAGUGUGUGAUUAAUUGUGCAUCAUGUUAUUCUAGUCUGUUGUUGUUGUUUUUUUUUUGUAGCAUUCUUAGGUUGUUGUGUAUGAAAUCAAUAUAGUAUAAAUGCUACAUUUGCUGUAUUACAAAGCUUGUUAAAACAAUGUUAGGUAAGAGAACUUAUUCAAAAGUAUUUAGAGAACUGUGUAUAAAGUAAAUGAUUUAUGUACAGGCUUAUUAGUUCCAAAAGCCACAAUCAGGGAUUUAAGAACAACAAAAGGUUUAUUUUAGAAAAAACUGGAAUGGAAAGUACAUUUUCCCUCAAAUUAGACCUGCAUAAACAAAAAAGAACUGACAAAGGACAAAAAUAUUUCAUUUUAAAAACUUAAAAUAGUGUAGUUUUUCUUUUAGAAAUAUUAUUGUAAUCACACAAUCUUUUGGCACUUAAUAAACAUAAACAAAAGAGGAUUCACAAUCCCUUAUUGUGGCAUUAAAACGGGGGCUUUGCUUUAAUUUGUCAUGAUUCGUAUAUUGACCGCAAGAUCUACAAAGCCUGCUGAUCGGCUAUAUGUAAUAAGUGGGGGGCUCUCAUUUACAAAUAGUCUUAUACACAACUGGAGCAUUUAUUUUCUUCUUGCUGUGGUUACAAUGUAGCAUAAUGAACACAGUGUUAUAUUGUAGCAUAGCUGACGUCUGUGUUGUUUUUUUCUUGAUAGUGAAAGGUUUUUAGGUUUUCUUUUAAAUGGAACAGAUUCAGUGGUAGAAUUGUGUGUGUAUCUUAUUUGUGUAAUUGUACUGCAGCACCUAACAAUUAAAGAAAAAGUAGAAGAUAACGUACCCCCUAAAAUAUUCCUCAAGAGUCAUUAUUAAACAAAGACAUAUACUUAAA